AUGUCGUCGCCGUGCAUCUCUGACUGCAUAGAAGACGUUGCUCGUCUCCCUGUCAGGCCGACUUACGUGAGACUCUACAGGUGGCCCGAAUCCGAGGCGGAGUUCUUGAACCCUAACAUGCGCCGGGGACCGGGUGCGCACCCUAGGGUUGUGGACAGCGUCUGGUGCAGGCAAAUGUACCUGAGGAGCUAUACGUUCUCAAGAAAGGAGACUGUUCUGGAAAAGACUAAGAAGUCCUUUGGGAAAGCGAGAGAGACGGUGAAAAACAAGUCAAUUAGGAUGAAGACUGGAAAGGGCAAAAAUGGGAUUCCAUGUAGAAGGAAGUGCUUGGUGUUGAGGAGGGCGAAGGAGGUGACUUGUGCUGGACUGUUCUCCAUCUUCAAGCGAUUGCUGGCUUGCACCACCAAAGUCGACGUGGCUGAUCAUCAAACGAGAACAUGA